AUGGCAUCGAUACCCGCCCCCGCCUCCAACGGCACCGGCACGACCUCCAAACCGCGAGCAUCCGCAACGGCCUCCUCGUUGCCCUCGUCGGGCAAGAAGCGCAAAGAUGCGGUCCCCACCUUCGGCAUCAUGUGGCCCAUCAUGCGUUCGAUCGGCGACGUCUCGCUUCCUCUCUUCUUCUCCUCCCUCCAGAUCUCAUCCCCGCACGUCGUCCCAUCGUCCAACACGCCCGUCAUCGUCUGCUCCAACCACAGCAACACCAUCCUCGACGUAGCCAUCCUCGCCUCGCACUAUCCCGAGCGACGUCCACUCCACUUCUGGGCAAAAGCAGGCUUCUUCACCAACGCCUUUUCGCGCUUCAUCCUCACCUCAUCCGGAAACAUCAAAGUCGAUCGACGCAACAAGAACAACCAGUCUCUCUUCGAGGGCACGUUCGAAGCGAUGAAAGCGGGUGGAGCGAUCGCGCUCUUCCCCGAAGGAGGCAGUUAUACCAUCCCCAAACUGGCCAAGCUCAAGAUGGGCGCGGCGUGGGCGGCGUUAGAAUACUCGCGGUACCUGCAGCUUCAAGAAGGAGAGGCGAAAACAGCGGUCAAGAUUCUGCCCACCGCCGUGGUGUUUGAUGACAAGAGCGUGUUUCGGUCUCGGGCGGUGUUGAAGUUCGGCGAGCCGAUUUCGUUGGAUCGGUACAUCGGCGAGUUUUUAUCUGCGCCGAGCCCGGAGGAGUUUGCGAGCAAGAAUGUUGCGGCGAGGGUGAGCGGGAUCCAGGUUGAGGAUGGAACGGUGCCUGCUACACCGGAGAGCAUGACGAGGACCAAUACAAGUCAAGGUGGUGAGGCGUAUGCCAGUCCGGCGCAUCGAGCAGUGGCCCGUCUUACAGCGGAUCUCGAGAAAGCCCUGCAGGAACUCACAUUCAACGCGCCGGACUGGGAGACGUUCCAAUCCGUCCGUCUGGCCCGCGAACUCAUCUUUGAGCUCCAUUCCGAUAAAGAGGUGCGAGAAGACAUGACGCAGUACGUCGAACUCUCCCGAGCACUCAUGACGCUCCUCACGCUCCACUCCCGCAAGAGCGUCGCGGCACGACGCGCCCUGUUCACCUACUCGAGCAUGCUCAACCUGUGCGAUGUGGACAACCUCACCCUCGCUCGCACCAUCCCGCUCUCCUCCUCAAGAGCUUUCUGGAGCCCGCUCAAAUCGUUCCUCCUCCGACUGCCCAUUUAUGCGCCUAUCUACUCGCUGACGCUCAUUCCGACGUAUCUACUGCCCAAUGCGCUGGCGCACCACUACGCGGGGAGGGAAGAAGAAUCGCUCUCGUCGGUCAAGACGCUGUUCGGGUGGCUGUUUACGACGAUGCUCUACUCGACGCUGGUGGUCAGGACGAUGGCGUGGGCGCGUUGGUCCCCGCCUGGACUGUUGGUGGGGUUGGCGGGGGUUUGGUGGUUGCACGAUCUGAAUCGGAGCUGCAUCGAUGGGGCGUAUGGGUUGGUGAAGCGGGUUAGAUUCGGGUGGAGGGUGUGGCGCGCCGGCGUCUCUCCCAGCUCUGUCGCGCCCGUGAAGGCGGAGGAGCACAAGGGGAGGAGUUUGUUCUUCUACGGCACAUUGGUGCAUCCCAAGAUCCUAUCGAGGGUCAUCGGGAACGACGGGUCGCACCUCAAGGUGCAGAAUGCCGUGUUGGACGGUGCGCGGUUGUACCAUGUCAAAAACGCGGAGUACCCGGGUCUGCUCAAGGAGCCAUCCACCUCUUCCUCGGUCAAAGCAGUCAAAGGCACCCUGGUUUCCGGUCUAACCCUGUCCGACGUGCAGCGACUGGACGCCUUCGAAGGGGACGAAUACACACGGUCCCUCGUCUCCGUUCUACCCGACCCCGCCGCGCCGAUCGAGACCAACGCGACCCGCAUCGCCAACGCCGGCAACGCGCCGUUGCACGCCAUCCUCGCGGGUCUCACACCGAAUCGCAUCGCCGAGCUCGUCUCAUCCGAGGGAAGCAAGGUCGACGCCGAGGUGUACACCUGGUCCGCAGGCCGCGACAAGUUGGAGGAUAAAGUAUGGGAGUUCGAUGCGUUUGCCAGAACACACGCGCACAACUGGGUAGGGGAAGGACCGGUGGAGCACGAACACGAGUAUCAGCUAGUCGACCGGGUCGUGGAUCGAUUGGCCGCUGAAACUACCGCCACGAUCAUCAAUCCCACCCCGCCGGAGGAGGAGGGCGAUGCGUGGGUGGAUGCGUAUGUUAAGACACUCAUCGAGGGUGAUGGGAGAGAGGAUGUGGGCAAGGUGUGUAGGAUGUUGUUGGAGAAACCGAGCAUUCAGUGGUUUGUCGAUCGGACGUUUGCCAAAGGACAGAGGCCGAGGAAGGGAGAUAGGAAUAUGCUGCGUGCGCUGUUCCGCGCGAGGGCCGGGGCGAAGCUGGCGUUGCAGGAGCUCAUCUCAGCGGUGGAAGAAGGGGACGGCGAGGUGCGCGAAGCACUAGAGCUGCUGGUCGAGGCAAAGCGUCGAGCUCUCGCAAAGGUGGGUGCCCAUCUCACCGUGGACAGCGGUUGGCCAUUCACCCCGACCCAGCUAGAGACGUUUGCUGGUGUCGAACGCGAGUCCAAGAAGACUAUUUAG